AUUAAAGGCAAAGAUAAAUACAUAGCACAUCUGGGUAUGGAUAGAAAUAAUGUCCAGUGACCCACAGAGGACUGGGUAAGAAUGACUGAGGCUGAUGAAGGGCGAUGAUAAAAAAUGAUAAAAAUCAACAAAUCACCACUAAUGGACAGCGCUCUGACAGUCAACAAUAGAAUGCCAAUGUGGUGCUAAACCAAGUAAACGAUAGACAGUUGUAUAAAGUGCAGAAGACAAGUGAAGGUUAUCCACGGGCCUUACACAAUACAACCAUAAAAUCACCUUUCAUUGAUCAACGUACAGAAUGAGUAACAACGACCAAGAAGAACGCAGCAGACCUCGGUCUUUCCGCAUUGACGAUAUAUUAGCUUCUCCUACAGAAAAGAAAUCGACCGCAACUAGUGUAGCUUCUUCCAUGACAAGAAGCAACGACGAUKGUCCGAUAACUACGAAUUCUCUUAGUUCUCCAGUCAGCGUUCUUCCUUUGAGCUUUGGGGUAGAUACGCUGCUCUCUCCGCGUCACCCUCAUACAGAUCACCUCUCCGCAGCAAGAUAUGAAACAUAUUACCAACUGAUACCAGGAACUUACUGGACACCGCCUUACACGUGUUACACUGCUGGGGGUAAUUCUUGUAGCAGCUGUUUAACUCAUCCAAGUGCAGCGUAUUAUGUUAGCCCGAAUAAAUUAUCAGGUCAUUCAAACUUCUAUUCUCAUUAUGCAASUUCUACKUCUUCGGUGUCUUCCCAACACUAUACYCAGGACUCUUCCAGUCAAAACAAAACUCGCAGACCUCGUAGGCCCUGGACUCGAGCGGUUUUUUCCAACCUGCAACGUAAGGGACUGGAGAAGAGAUUUCAAGUUCAAAAAUACUUAACUAAAACUGAUAGACACCAGCUCGCUUCAAUGUUAGGACUGUCCGAUAACCAAGURAAAGUUUGGUUUCAAAACCGAAGAAUGAAAUGGCGGCAAGAUGCUCGAGAAUCYGUUACUAGUACAAACACUGAAGGYGGAGAAUAGUGCGCAUGMGCYAUAAAUCAAUUCYCAUAAUCCUUUGAAGGGAGGUCUAGUACAUAUAUUUAAAUUAUUGAGUCGCAUCGUCCAUGUAUAACUUUUAUAGACCGCUCACAAAUGUCAGCAACACGUGAAUGUUUUCAAUAUAAAUUAUGAUGUGUUAUCAUGCGACGAUUGUAUGAUAUAUUUAAGGCCUGGAUGUAAUAAUUACUACAAAUAAAGCUAUAUGAUAAMUCGAGACAACUGAAUAAAUAAGAAUAAGCCACUAUGCACUUGGUUUUUGCUAGACGAGUAUCGCUGCAUUGUUUCUUUCUUUAAGUUCCGUAAAAAAGUACUUACCAAAAAGUGCUACUGUUUUGUACUAUUUAAGUUUCACGGAUUGGGUGCGUCGGCUCUAUACUAACACCGAAAGUAAAGACACUCAUAAGCGUGAACUAGUUAACUAAUGAGUCAAUUAGUAGUUAUCUAUUUCAAAGAGUCAAAGCACUAAAUUCGUGAAACUUAAUCGGGUAAAAUCGCGGGGUAUUUGGUACGCAGUCUCUUUAUUCGUAGACGGGCUUUUCCGAAUGAACCGGUUGGCAAAACUCUUUCCUACAUACACCAUACAAACACAAGAAAAGGCUGACGAGAUUAGGGAAAAUAUAUUUUAUUCUUGUAAACUAUAAUCCCUCGUUUAUAUAGAAUAUAGUUUGGCCAAUAUAUUCAUCAAAGCUAUUUAUACUGAAUGCCAAUAAAUAUAAAACUACUUUUCGUUGCCGACAUAACAGCAUUUAUAUCAAGUCAGUUU